AUCGUGCGACUACCGAACGAAACUGAGCCACAAAUGUGCAAUUCCUUGUGCAUUAGAAAGUUAUGUAUCAGAAAAUGUUAAUGUAGAUUUUCCGAACUUUCUCAAAGUGAUUUUCCUGUUCCAUAUACACAAUUAUUGUUUAAUUAAGUGUUGUGAAAAUGCGAUUCAAUCAGAUUGAUGAAUCCAACUACAAAGUGCUCGAAGUGAUUUCCAAAUGGGAUAUCGUCGUGUGCUACAUCAGUGGGAUCUUUCUCGGUGUGUGGGUCACGAUAAAAUGGUUCAUUCACUACCUGUGGACCCUCGUGAAUCCAAGGUCAUCCACAACAGCGGCACGCAAUCACUCCGUACCCGAUAAACCACCAUCGUACCUCGUGGACAGCAACUUUGGACGCCAUUCAUACGUGAAGCUCAAUGUGAGUCGUCGUGCGGCUGAUAAGAAUGUUGCGUGAUCCUCUCUCCGAGAGAGAGAGAGAGAGAGAGAGAGAGAAAGAGAGAAAUUGCAUUAUGAAAAAACAAAGUAUUUUCACCUAUUGACCUUCUUUCGCGGAACGUGUGCGCGGGUUGUGCGGGUGAUAGUGCAGGCUAAUGGACCACAAGUCCAGACGAAAUCAUUGAACUGCCUCAGAGCUUAUCGGAAGAGAUGGUGCUUUUUUUGGAAGAAGCUGUGAAAUAUAUAUUUUAUUGAACAUUGAAAUUAUUGAGAUGAUAAAAGAAUAUGUAUACAUAACGGAUAAUGUGUAGGAGAUUUAAAUGGAGUCAUGUGCAAGGCGGGAAAAAUUUGAUUCGAGGUGUACCGGAAGAAAUAGAACAAAGUUUCACUUUGUUGAAGCAGGAAAUCUCACUGAUCCUGUGAUCCUCCUGCUUCAUGGCUUCCCGGAUUGUUGGAUCGGUUGGCGUGAUCAGAUUAAGGAACUUUCUCGCUUCUUCCGUGUCAUUGCACUGGAUCUUAAGGGUUUCAAUGAUUCAGAUAAGCCAAUGUGGCGUCGUGAGUAUGGGCUGGAGAGGGUCUGCCGGGAGCUCGUGGACUUUAUCCAUAGUCUCAAUGUGAACUCCGUGACGCUGAUGGGGCAUGAUUUGGGUGGCAUUCUGGGAUGGAUUCUCGCACACACCAAUCCACUUGUCAUCAAUCGUCUCAUCUGCGUCUCGGCGCCACAUCCCAAUCUCAUCUGGUCCAACCUCGAAAGCUCCAAAGUACCCAUCAAUAGUGCCUGGAUUAAGUUUAUUCAGCUUCCAUAUCUGCCAGAAGUGGAGCACGUGAGGCCUGAUUCGAAUUUUUUGGAAAGAAAUUUCACUCACGUGGACAAUACGCGAGCCAAGUCAAAGUACAACAAUCUUCAACCACUUAAUGGGUCAUCGAAUGAAAAGGGACACAUCCUGGAUGCUUAUCGAUAUAUUUUUAGUCGCCACGAAGAUUGGAAUGGACCCCUAAAUUACUACCGAAACCUCCCCUUCUAUCGUAUCAGAGAGGGAUCAUCCCUCAUUGUGUGUCCAUGCCUCAUUGUCACAGGGAACUCUGACCCGCUCUUUAGGUUGGAAUCCUUGAUCAAAAGUACGGAUUUCUGCGAGAAUUUCGUGGUGAAAAUCAUCGAGGGAGCCGCCCAUUGGCCCCAUCAGGAGAUUCCUCAUGAAUUUAAUCGAAUAAUCCUCAAAUUCCUUGUGGGUUCUCGUGCCAGUCAAACGAUGGAAAAGAUUGAAAAGGUCAAUAAUAAGGGUUUGAUGGGCCUUAUGUUGGGAGCUGUAUCCAAUAGUGUAAACAAAAUUCACAACACAGUUCAAAUGAGAACCACUGAAGCUUUCUAAGUUCCAUCUAUAUAGCUGUUGUCUCUUCCAGGGAAAUCCUCACUGUUGUUAUGUCUUUUCGCGAUUCAUUUGAUAUUAGUCGUGGUAAUGCAAAAUUCUCUUUUUUUAAUGUUAAAAAAUAUAUAUAUUUUUAAAAUGA